GUGCUGAAACAGUGCAGAAAUCCAGCAGCAAUGCUGAAGAAAGAUGGCAUAUAUUGUCUCUAUUACGGAAUAGAUUCUCUCUCUGGAGUCUCUACAGAGAGAGGAAGAGGAAAAAGUUGUCGAGGUAUCAUUUUAGCGAAGAAACAAGUGAGCAAAAAGAAUGAAAUGCUUGAAAGCAUUUUGACUUCUAGUGUGUCAUGCAUUUGAGUACCAAGAAAACUCUAAAGCUUCAUCAUGGGUGCAGACACUCUGCCCAGGAAUCAAUAAUAUUAUAAUAGCAGCAAUUCAGCCAUUUCCCCUUCAGAUGAUUUUGACUUCUUUCAUCCACUUUUGAUUAAAAAAAAGAUUUCCACAGGAAAAAAAUAUAUAUAAUGGAAAUGGAACUAUUUCUUUACUUAUCACUGAAGGAGGUUCCUGCUGAAAGUCUGAGACGAUUCUCAUCUUCUGUCAUCUUCUGCUAUCCAAACUCCUCUUCUCAAAAAGGAGACCACUUCUCAUCAAAUGAGCUCCUUUAGUAUCCAAAGAAAAUAAAUCAAGAAAUCAUAUUUGAAUUCUUCACUCUCCUUUUUGGUGAAAUAUGGUAGUAAAUGAUUAAUGCUUGGAAGAUCCAUUGGCCAUCCACAGUCCAUGCACCAUGAUGGAGAGGCUGCCUGCUGCCCCUAUCUCCUUCACAUGCUGUCAUGUCAAUGUGUGCAUGCACCACCAAACAAAAACCUAAAAGCUAUCUAUCACCAUGGCUAAAGCCAUGUUAUAUAUACCAUGUUAUCUGCAAUUGCUCGGAUCAUUCCAAACUCCUUGAGCUCCACAGAUGACUGGAAUCUAGGAGCAAACAAUAUAUCCAGCAGCUAGCUAGCAUGUGUUCUGGCUCCUGCAACAGUAAGAAGCUCUCUUCGUCUUCAGCUGUAUUCAGACAGCAGCAGCAGCAGCAGCAGCAGCCUGCUCAUGCCUCCAUGACUCUUAGGAGGAAGAGGCUAAGGCUGAGAAGGAGGGAGACGGCGAGGAGAUCAUCCGACGGAGCCGAGAUGGUGAUGCUGAACCUGAAGCUCUACCUGGAGAACAGGUGCAUCCUGGCCGAGAACGAGAUGCUGAGGGAGAAGGCCACCGCGCUCCGCCGGGAGAACCUCGCGCUGCGCGCCGACCUGUGCAAGACAUCGCCAUCGCCGGCUCCGGCCGCCGCGUCCAGCUGCUGAACCGAACACCCGCCGCCGGCGCCGCCGCCUUGCAAGCUACAGCUAGCUCGCGAGGUGUUUUGUGCUGCUGCUGGUUUUGCCUAGAAAACAUGAGCUUUCUUGGCCUCUUCUUGGCAAUGUCUGGCCUUGCUCUAUCAGCUUUGAUUACUGCAUGUCAGAGUCAGGCCAGUGAUGAUGAUCAGCCAGACUGCCACUAGGUUUUCUGGGGGCCUCCUUUGUGUGUGUUUUUGUGGCAUGAUGCUUGUACAUUGGAAGUUUGUGAGAAUCAACUAGAUUUUCUUUGGCUUGCUCAUUUGGAAGGAGAGGGAAGGCAAACCAAAACAGCUUAAUUAAUAUGAUCAAAAGGACAAAAUCAGCUUUGCG